AUGAAGCGAUUCGAGCAUGAUGCUGCUUGGCCAGGUUUGAAUGUUUGGGCUCCUGGUGCGAGCACCGACACAUUCUGGCAUCUGCCCAACAGCCACAACGGCACCCCAAGGCAACAAAUGGUGCAGGACAGCAUGAAACAUGACGAAGUGGCGCCCAGGAAAGGUGACAGGAUGGCCGCGCGACUGUUCCGGUGA